UCAGAGACCAGGGACCGCCCCUAACUCACUCUCCACCAAUCAGCACCCAGAUUCUGGAGCGGAGGGUGUGUCUAAGAGACACUGCUAGAAUAUCAGGAAGCUAGGACAUAAACACAACACAGACUGGAGUUAGACUGGAGUGAAUUAAAUCAGUGGCCAUGGACAAACCAGUGUGCUUGAUUGACACGGCGUCCGAUGGGAAGCUGUGUGUCCAGCGGUCAGCGUUGCAGGUUCUGGAGCAGAUCCAGCAGCCCGUGGUGGUGGUGGCCGUGGUGGGUCUCUACCGAACUGGGAAGUCCUACCUGAUGAAUCGACUGGCAGGGAAGCAAACAGGGUUUGCACUGGGCAGCACAAUCGAGUCCAAGACGAAGGGCAUCUGGAUGUGGUGCGUGCCUCACCCCACUAAACCUGGAACCACUCUGGUGCUGCUGGACACCGAGGGACUCGGAGACGUGGACAAGGGCGACUCAGUGCAUGACACCAGGAUCUUCUCUUUGGCUGUCCUUCUGAGUAGCACUCUAGUCCUGAACAGCCGAGGAACUAUUGACAACAGGGCUAUAGAGGAACUGCAAUAUGUCACUGAGCUAACGGAGUACAUCAAGAUCAAGUCACCUGAUGAAGUCGUAGAUGACGGAGAGUUUGUCAAGUUCUUCCCUAGCUUCAUCUGGGCUGUGAGGGACUUUACUCUGCAGCUUAAAAUCAAUGAGAAAGAUGCAACAGAGGACGAAUACCUAGAGUUUGCUCUGAAGCUAAAACUAGGUAACUCGAUGCAAGUGAACAAUUACAACCUUCCAAGAGAGUGCAUUCGCAAAUACUUCCCAUCUCGGAAAUGUUUCACCUUCCCAUUCCCAACCAAUCCAGACAAAGUAUCUUAUCUGGAAACACUGGACCCAGGGGAGAUUUCAGAACGAUUCUUGGAGGUCACGAAUCGUUUCUGCCAGUUUAUCUUUGACCAGAGCCAAGUGAAAAAUCUGAAAGAUGGACACACGGUCACCGGCAGAGUUCUGGGUCAUCUUGUAAAAACCUAUGUAGAAACCAUCGCCAGUGGAGCUGUGCCGUGUCUGGAGAAUGCUGUGAUCUCAAUGGCACUGAUUGAGAAUGAGGCUGCUUUUCAGGAGGGGCUUGAGGUGUACCAGAGUGGAAUGGAGAAGCUGAAGAAGUCCUUCCCUCUGGAACUGAAUGAAAUCACCUGUGAACACCAAUGCUUCAGUCUCAUGGCAACACAGACCUUCAUGAAACGCUCCUUCAGGGACAGUGAUGGGAAGUUCUUGACAUCUUUAGAGGAAGCCAUCAGUCAACAGUUUGAUAGGUAUCUCCAGGACAAUGAGAAGGCCUCUGAGGCUAAAUGUGAAGGUCUUCUAUCAGUUCUCUCUGAAGCAAUGACAGAGAGGAUCAAUCAAGGGUUUUAUGCCACAGCUGGUGGGUACAAUCUCUUCUGCCAGGACCUGGAGGACAUUGUGAAUCAGUACAAUACACUGGCUUAUCAAGAAGUCAAGAUUGCAGAGGUGUUGGAGAAAUUUCUACAGCAAAAGGUUGCAGUCACCACAGCCAUUCUGCAGGCUGAUGAUAAACUAACCGAAAACGAAAGAAAGAUUUGCGAGGAGAGAGAGCGGGCAGUCCUUCUGGAACAAGAGAUCAAGGCCCAGGAAGAGAAGCAGCGUCAGCUGGAGGAGAAGAUGGUGACUGAAGAACAGAAUAAUGAAGAGAGGGUGAGACAGGUCAUACAGAAGAUGGAAGAGGAGAUGUCCUUCCAACAGCAGGAGACACAGCGCGCCAUGGACAGUAAGCUGAGGGAACAGGCUGCCCUGAUGGAGAAGGGCUUUCAAGAGAAAGCCAACAAAAUGGCCAGCGAGAUCGAGGAGUUGAGGAGGAAUAAUAAAGAGGUAGAGGACAGGAAGUCCAGGGAGUUUGCACAGAUGAUAGAGGAUCAGGAGCGAAGAAACGCACAGAACCUGGAAGUGCUGAGGCAACAGCACAGACAGCAGAUGGAGGCGAUUAACAACAGACCGAGACCUUCAUCUGGAGGCUGUUCUAUACAGUGAAACCUGCUUUAACACAGUAAUCUCCCUGAAUGCAAUGUCCUUUUUGACUUUAUAGUUAAAAAGCUUUUUGUUUGAUGUCAUAGCUGUUUCACCUUCUGCUGCAUGGUAAUGUGUGAGAGCUGAUCAUCCGUUUUUCUGAAUGUAAAGCUGACAUGGUUACCAACCUAAUUCAAGGAGAACAGUGUUAGAUAUAUAGACUAGCUACAAAUCUGUAUGUAUAGAGAUUAACAUUGUAAAAUAAACUACUGGACAUGCACCAAGCAACACAGAGCUAAAAUGUGUUUUAAAAAAGAACCAGAAUAGCAUUGCUUUACUGAAUGGCCUUUAAAUGGCAGGAGGCAUCAUGCAGAUCACAACACAGGCAAAGUAACUCAUUUCAUCAACAUAGCCUAGCUUUUACAGAAAAUACUCACUUUAAUGAUUCCUAAGGCACCUAGUGAACAUCACAUAAUGUUUAACAGAUCAUUAAUUAACAUAAAAUACUGACAAAUGUUAAUAAACUUACAGUUGCGAUCAAGUGCAUAUGAUCAUGCACAUUAUAUACAAAGGAUUUUUAAAUGAUCUUAUACACUGACAGGUCAGUACAUUUAAGCACUUUUAGUCACUUUUAUCCAUGUUGACAUGAUUAAUCAACUCAUAACCAAAGUCUGUUGACACAUUUGCAUGCACACUUCUGCUACUUAAACAUAUUUGCAAAUAGUUUAAUUAUUUGCUCAGCUUUUUGCUGUUUCAACAUUUAAACCGUUCAUUAUUUUGAGAUGUUGAUGAACAUUUACUAUGAAUCAUGUAGUAUCAAGUAUUCUUUAUAGUGCUCAAUUUUUAUGCUUUUUAUCUCUGUUCCUUUUUGAAUACUGUAAAGUUACAGUCGAAACAUUACAGCGUAUUUUGAUAAAUGAACAAGUAUUUCCUUUCUCUCUUGGAAAUUGUUCUUUGUUGAUGUGUGAUGAAAGGAAUAUUUUCUGUUUAAGGAUAUUGUCUUCUGUGGGUUGUCGCUGUUGUUUUGAUGUAGUUGUUUUUAAUCAGUCUGAAACUUUCAUGUUACUGUACUGAACUAAAUAAAAUCAUUUUUGGGUAAGACAUUUUCCAAGAAUUUUAAGUAAAUUUGACAUAAAUUAAAUGUAACAAGACCCUUAUCUGACUCUAAAAAGGUAAUAAUGAUUUGUCAUAAACUAUGUUAUAGACCUUUAAUUCGGAUGGACUACCUGUUAUUUUAAUUGUAUAUCUAAAAGUGAUUGUUGGUACAUUUUACCAGUACUUAC